AUUUGUAUGUGCCGCGGGUUAAUCAGUGGGACAGUCUGAAUCAUAAUUCAGUUUUUUUAUUCGCCACUUACGGCAAUUUCGUUAACUUUAAUUUUCAAUCUUGGCUUAUCUUCGCGCAUAUAUUGCCCGAGUAAGCUUGGACAUCAUGAAAGCUUCAUUCGUUGUAUUGGCUCUACUUCUCGUCACUGUCUCUCACUGUGCAGGAAAAACAUUUACGCGGUGUGGAUUAGCAUUAGAAUUAGACAGACAAGGCUUAGAUCGUGGAAAAAUGAAUGACUGGGUUUGCUUGGUGGAAAAGGAAAGCGCGAGAAAUACGUCAGCUAUUGGCGGGCCGAAUCGUAAUGGCAGCUACGACUACGGAUUAUUUCAAAUUAACGGAAACAUUUGGUGUUCAUUGGGUGUCGCAGGGGGUGAUUGCAACAUAAAAUGCGAAGAUUUACUCGACGACGAUAUAACCGAUGACGUACGAUGCGCUAAAAAGAUUUAUAGAAGACAUAAAUUCUACGCGUGGAAUGGCUGGAAGAAUGGCUGUUUGAACAAAGUUAUUCCAGAUGUUCAUUACUGUUUCAAUUGAGUAUUUGAAUGAAAUUUUUUUUAUUUCAUAUUCUUGUAGAUCGGAAAAAAAUAUUUUGGACGUAUUUUUUAUUUUUUCGAUUGAAUCAAAAUUGCCAUUAAUAUAACAGAUUGAA